CGAGGCAGUGUGUGUUAGUACGGAGAGUCUCAGCGCUGGCGUUCUACCAGCAGGCAGGAACACACAGUCACACUACAGAUGGUUCUGCUGUCCGCCGCGUUCCCACAAUCCUGAGAAGAGAUCCGAUCCAAAAUCUGCAGGGGAACAGAGCUGAAUGUGCUGAUGAUUUGUGAUACAGGGCAUAGUGGUGUCAAAAGUACCAGGUCUUCGAUACCAAGCCGGUACUAAAAAAUAAGUACCAGAACAACCACAGAACCAGGUCCAACCGGGUCCACCCGGAACUAAUGAGCCGUGGUUGUCAGUCGGAAACUUUUCAUAGACGCAAGGCUGGAUUCAUUAGAGUUCAAGCAGCAUCAGAUGAUGAUGUUCAUCAGCAUGAAGGACCCCAGCAAACACUUACAGACAACAUCUGCUGAAACAUUUCAGUGUCUGUUUCACACUGAGCUGUGAUGUUCUUCAUCGAUUGUAAGAUGGUUGAUGUUCUUCGAGGUCGGCGGAGGUUACGGGUGUCCGUCUGUAAGCUGCCCUGUCCGUUCUGUUUCCUGCUGCUGUUUGCGGUUGGAGGUCUGGUGCUCUUCGUUCACCUGCAGGAUCUCUCAGACAUGGUGAUACAACAAACUCCAGGCAUCAUAAACACCACACUGGCAGGAAAACAACAAGACUUCAUGCAGCAUUCAGAGAUUUCCAGCUCCAUAAACAAUACAGGUGUGAAGCUCAGAAGCGCAUCUUACUCAACAAAGUGUGCACAGUUCAGCGAGUCAGCCGGCAGAGUUUCCCAGCGGUCUGAAGAGGGCGACAUCAACCCCAUCUCACCAAUGCAGCUGCCAGACUUUCACGGGAAACAUCAAUCCGCCACCCCAGGGUCACGUGAGCACGACUUGGAGUCACAGCGGGUCACCAAACGCCACCGGAAACUUUUAAAAACCAGCCCAGUGGUACGAGCGCAAACCAACUCUUCAUCUUCACCUUCGUACGCUACAGCCGAGAGCUCUACGGGGCUGUAUGAUAUUCAGGAAUCUCGUCGUAGGAUCAUCAGAGAGGUCUGCGCAAAGUACCGUAGUAAUAUUUCCCGGACGAUAACGCCACACCACGUCUCCCGGAUUUACGUGGAGGAACGACAUAAACUGUUGUACUGCGAGGUGCCUAAAGCCGGCUGCUCGAACUGGAAGAGAGUUCUGAUGGUGCUGGCCGGGGUCGCCAACUCUACCGGUAAAAUCAACGACAAGGCCGCUCACUACGACAACCACCUGAAACGACUGGAUAGCUUUGACAGGCAGGGCAUCGCCAAGCGUCUGAAAACCUACACUAAAGUCCUGUUUGUCCGAGAGCCUUUGGAAAGACUCGUGUCUGCAUUCAGGGAUAAAUUCGAGAACCCGAAUUUCUACUAUCAUCCCGUAUUCGGAAAGCCCAUCAUCUCAAAGUACAGGGUGAACGCGUCCAAAGCGGCUUUAAAGACGGGAAGCGGGGUCACCUUUCGGGAAUUCAUCCAUUACUUGCUGGACGUCCAUCGGCCCGUGGGAAUGGAUAUCCACUGGGAACCGGUGAACCAACUCUGUUAUCCGUGUCACCUGCAUUACGACUACAUAGGAAAGAUUGAGAACUUGAAAGAGGAGGCCAAUAUGUUUUUACGAAAGAUCAGAGCCCCCGAACACCUGAUGUACCCCUCGGUCAAGGCCAGGACUUCCACCCAGAUCACGCAGGAUUAUUUUUCUCAGCUGAACGCCUCUGAGAGACAGAGGACUUAUGACUUCUUCUACAUGGACUAUCUGAUGUUUAACUACUCUAAACCUUACAAAGACUUGUACUAAAGCUUAACUACUGCUGUGCAAA